UUCCAGCAGCAUCCCCCAACCACCACCAUGACUGGAAAAGUGUUUACUCCCCUUCUGCUCCUUGCUCUGUGUGCCCUCGCCGCCGCUGCGACCGUGAAAACCACCCCCGAGAGGACCACUCCUCCACAGCAAGAAAACACCUCCGCAGCAGAUGCACCUCCAGCAAAGCGAUUCGACGCAUUCACCACUGGUUUCGGACACAGCAAACGCAACAUGAAUGAAAUUGACAGACCUACCUUUGGACUCAACAAGAAGAACUUUGAUGAGAUCGACCGCGCCGGCAUGGGAUUCGCCAAGCGCAACUUCGACGAAAUUGACCGAGCUGGAAUGGGAUUCGCCAAGCGUAACUUUGAUGAAAUCGACCGAGCUGGAAUGGGCUUUGCCAAACGCAACUUCGACGAAAUCGACCGUGCUGGAAUGGGCUUCGCUAAGCGCAACUUUGAUGAGAUCGACCGAGCUGGAAUGGGCUUCGCUAAGCGCAACUUUGAUGAAAUCGACCGAGCUGGAAUGGGCUUCGCCAAGCGUAACUUUGAUGAGAUCGACCGCGCCGGUAUGGGCUUCGCCAAGCGUAACUUUGACGAAAUUGACCGCGCCGGUAUGGGCUUCGCUAAGCGCAACUUUGACGAAAUCGACCGUGCUGGUAUGGGAUUCGCCAAGCGUAACUUUGAUGAGAUCGACCGUGCUGGUAUGGGAUUCGCCAAGCGUAACUUUGAUGAGAUCGACCGUGCUGGUAUGGGAUUCGCCAAGCGUAACUUUGAUGAGAUCGACCGUGCUGGUAUGGGAUUCGCCAAGCGUAACUUUGAUGAGAUCGACCGUGCUGGUAUGGGAUUCGCCAAGCGUAACUUUGAUGAGAUCGACCGCGCCGGUAUGGGAUUCGCCAAGCGUAACUUUGACGAAAUCGACCGCGCCGGUAUGGGAUUCGCCAAGCGUAACUUUGAUGAGAUCGACCGCGCCGGCAUGGGCUUCGCUAAGCGCAACUUUGACGAAAUCGACCGCGCCGGCAUGGGCUUCGCUAAGCGCAACUUUGACGAAAUCGACCGAGCUGGUAUGGGCUUCGCUAAGCGCAACUUUGAUGAGAUCGACCGCGCCGGUAUGGGCUUCGCUAAGCGCAAUUUCGACGAAAUCGACAGAGCUGGCUUCGGGUUCCUCAAGAGAGCCUUCCUGCCAAGGGGUAACUUCAAGCGUAACUUCGAUGAAAUUGACCGAGCCGGGCUUGGUUUCAACCGACGUAGCUCGAACUAAACCAUACAUCCUCAUUGAAAAUCAUCCGUGUAUGGCCAGUAUGAACUUUUGAGAGUUUUUAUUGAUUCGCUUCUCACUCUCUUCAGUGAGACAAGAGUUGCACUUCAUCAUAUUUCGUGGGUAGUCAACAGGCAAUAUAACAUUACAUAAAACUGAUAAAGAAAUCUUCUCGUUUGUCCCCCUUCCUCUCAUUGUGAGAGAGGUUCUUGCAACGAUAUAUUUGGUAUCCUCAGGAGAGGAAAAGCGACCUCUGAGAUCCCUCUCCAGCUAACGUUGCUCUUGGAUGGCUGGGAAUGUCAAAGAAGGAAUAAAGAGUAUUUUUCUUAAAUAGCCUUUUCUUUCCAUCUGCUUCAUAUGUCUGCAUUUGUUAGAAUGAUUCAUCUGUUGCAUUGCAAUGAGAAGCAAUCAUGUAUGUAUGAGAAUUCUUAGACACCCUAAGAGUUGGAUGUUGCAUAAAUGGAAAAGAAAAUAUACAUACAUAUAUCACAAAACAGCUUUAUGUUUCUUAGAUGUAAAGCAGUUGAUUCUCAUGGCGGAAAUGGUACUUGCAAAUGUCUAAGAAUUCUUAAGCUGGGGAUCUUGGAGGUUUGAGAAAUUAGUGUCUAAAUCGUUCUUUAGAUCUAUGCUCUAACGAUGUAUAAGCAGCUUCGCUUUGCAAUUGUCUUAAGAAUCAAAACAAUAAAGUUAUCAAAGUUGA